CUUCUCCCCUUCACCGGCCCGCAGGGAUGGGUGGGCUGGAGAUAACCCAGCCCUGUGUCUGGGGGAGGAUGGGGAAAGGGUCUUGGGCAGCAGCUCGGUGAUUUCUGGGCUCGUCCCUGGUUGCACCCGCUCCAGGGCUGGGGGCUGCUGGCGGAGCCGCGGGGCUCACGGCUCUGCGAGGGCUUAGCGCAUCCCCCCCGGCACAGGGAGACACUGUGUGGUUGGGAUAGAGGAGACGGAGAACAUUAACCCGAGCGCUGAAGGGGAAAAACCGUGUCUUAAAUGGGAAAGGCAAAGCUGAGGAUCCGUCUGCGCCUGCCGCUGCUCUGCUCGCCCCGGGGCACGCAACCCAGGUCCUAACGCUGCCCAGGCCUCCAAAAUGGUCAUGCAAAGACACCACCUCACCCGCGCAGGAAUAGCGUUGGCCCUCUGCCUUCAUCACCUCGUCAGCGCCAUCGAAGUCCCUCUGGAUUCAAAUAUUCAGAGUGAAUUGCCUCAGCCCCCCACAAUCACCAAGCAGUCCGUGAAGGACUACAUCGUGGACCCAAGAGAUAAUAUCUUCAUUGAAUGUGAAGCCAAAGGGAACCCCGUUCCCACUUUUUCCUGGACACGGAACGGGAAGUUCUUCAACGUGGCGAAGGACCCCAAGGUGUCCAUGCGGCGGCGGUCGGGGACGCUGGUCAUCGACUUCCACAGCGGGGGGCGGCCGGAGGACUACGAGGGCGAGUACCAGUGUUUCGCCCGGAACGACUACGGCACUGCUCUCUCCAGCAAAAUCCACCUCCAGGUCUCUAAGUCUCCCCUGUGGCCCAAGGAGAAGGUGGAUGUGAUAGAGGUGGAUGAAGGUGCUCCGCUCAGCCUGCAGUGCAACCCGCCGCCGGGCCUACCUUCUCCCGUCAUCUUCUGGAUGAGCAGCUCCAUGGAGCCCAUCCACCAGGACAAGCGCGUCUCCCAGGGCCAGAACGGCGACCUGUACUUCUCCAACGUCAUGCUGCAGGAUGCCCAGACCGACUACAGCUGCAACGCGCGCUUCCACUUCACCCACACCAUUCAGCAGAAAAACCCCUACACCCUCAAGGUGAAAACCAAGAAACCCCAUAACGAAACGUCUUUACGAAAUCACACUGACAUGUACAGUGCCCGAGGGAUUACGGAAACAACUCCCAGCUUCAUGUAUCCCUACGGGACCUCGAGCAGUCAGAUGGUGCUGAGAGGGGUGGACCUCCUGCUGGAGUGCAUUGCUUCAGGAGUACCAGCACCAGACAUCAUGUGGUACAAGAAAGGAGGCGAGCUCCCAGCAGGCAAAACCAAGCUGGAAAACUUUAACAAGGCUCUUCGUAUCUCCAACGUCUCCGAGGAAGACUCCGGGGAGUAUUUCUGCUUGGCGUCAAACAAGAUGGGCAGCAUCCGCCACACGAUCUCGGUGAGAGUGAAGGCUGCUCCAUACUGGCUGGACGAACCCCAAAACCUCAUCCUGGCCCCCGGCGAGGACGGCCGGCUGGUGUGUCGAGCCAACGGGAACCCCAAGCCUGCGAUCCAGUGGCUGGUGAACGGCGAGCCUAUAGAAGCUUCUCCCCCCAACCCGAGCCGAGAGGUGGCUGGAGACACCAUUGUAUUUCGAGACACCCAGAUCGGCAGCAGUGCUGUGUACCAAUGCAAUGCAUCCAACGAGCACGGCUACCUUCUCGCCAACGCCUUUGUCAGCGUCCUGGACGUGCCUCCACGGAUACUGGCCCCCCGCAACCAGCUCAUCAGGGUGAUUCAAAACAACAGGACCCGACUCGACUGCCCCUUCUUUGGCUCGCCGAUCCCCACCUUGAGAUGGUUUAAGAACGGCCAGGGGAACACACUGGAUGGAGGAAACUACAAGGCACAUGAGAACGGAAGCUUGGAGAUGAACAUGGCUCGGAAGGAGGACCAGGGCAUCUACACUUGUGUGGCUACCAACAUCCUGGGGAAGGCAGAGGCCCAGGUUCGCCUGGAGGUCAAAGACCCAACAAGGAUCGUGAGGGGACCAGAAGAUCAGGUGGUGAAGAGGGGCUCCAUGCCUCGCCUCCACUGCCGCAUAAAGCACGACCCGACGCUGAAACUCACCGUCACUUGGCUGAAAGACGAUGCACCCCUGUACAUGGGAAACAGGAUGAAGAAGGAAGAUGACGGUCUGACAAUAUAUGGCGUGGCUGAGAAGGACCAAGGGGACUACACCUGCGUGGCUAGCACGGAGCUGGACAAGGACUCGGCUAAAGCGUACCUCACCGUACUAGCUGUCCCUGCUAACCGUUUGAGAGACUUACCUAAAGAACGACCCGACCGGCCCCGUGACUUGGAGCUGACAGACCUGGCCGAGAGGAGCGUGCGGCUGACGUGGAUCCCCGGCGAUGACAAUAACAGCCCCAUCACAGACUACAUCGUCCAGUUUGAGGAGGACCGGUUCCAACCUGGCAUGUGGCACAACCACUCCAGGUACCCCGGGAGCGUCAACUCGGCCGUCCUGAGCCUCUCUCCUUACGUCAACUACCAGUUUCGGGUGAUCGCGGUGAAUGAUGUGGGCAGCAGCCUGCCCAGCGUGCCCUCCGAACGCUACCAGACCAACGGGGCACGUCCUGAAAUUAAUCCAACAGGAGUUCAAGGUGCAGGGACCCAAAAAAACAACAUGGAGAUCACCUGGACGCCUCUGAAUGCAACUCAAGCUUAUGGGCCCAACCUCAGGUACAUUGUGAGAUGGAGGCGGAGGGACCCCCGAGGGAGCUGGUACAACGAGACAGUGAAGGCACCGAGGCACGUCGUCUGGAACACACCCAUCUACGUUCCCUACGAGAUCAAAGUGCAGGCAGAGAAUGACUUUGGUAGAGCACCGGAGCCUGACACCGUCAUCGGCUAUUCGGGGGAAGAUUAUCCCAAGGCUGCGCCUACGGAUGUUAGGAUAAGAGUUUUAAACAGCACUGCCAUUGCUCUGACCUGGACCCGAGUGCACCUGGACACCAUCCAGGGACAGCUCAAGGAGUACAGAGCCUAUUUCUGGAGAGACAGUAGUUUGCUGAAGAACCUGUGGGUCUCCAAAAAACGGCAGUAUGUGAGUUUUCCUGGAGACCGAAACCGGGGCAUAGUGUCCCGGCUGUUUCCUUACAGCAACUACAAGCUUGAGAUGGUUGUAACCAACGGGCGAGGAGACGGGCCGCGCAGUGAAGUUAAGGAGUUCCCCACACCCGAAGGAGUGCCCAGCUCCCCCAGGUAUUUAAGAAUCCGACAGCCAAAUCUGGAAAGCAUCAAUCUGGAGUGGGAUCACCCAGAGCAUCCCAACGGAGUCCUCACAGGAUACAACCUUAGAUAUCAAGCCUUUAAUGGAACCAAAACGGGCCGAACCCUGGUAGAGAACUUCUCUCCCAACCAGACAAGGUUCACCCUGCAGCGGACAGACCCCAUCUCGCGCUAUCGCUUCUUCCUGCGCGCACGGACCCAGGUGGGAGAAGGAGAAGCCAUAGUGGAGGAGUCGCCAGCUUUGCUGAACGAAGCCACGCCAACCCCAGCUGCAACUGGGCUGCCUCCAACUACAAUCGGUCUAACCAGUACUACUACAACAACCCCAACUACCACCACCACCGACACAACUACCACAACUACCGACACAACUACCACCGACACAACUACCACCACCACCACCACAGCCGCCACCACUCUACCCGCCACCACCGUCGCAAGCGCUACGGCAGCUACGGAGAGGGCUCCGGCAGCCACCACAAAGCAGGAGUUGGCCACCAAUGGAUCGUUCAUAUGGGACAUAAGAGCUAUGGCUAAUAGUAACUGGGCAAACAUCACCUGGAGCCACAAUUACUCUGCAGGAACUGACUUUGUGGUUAAGUAUAUCACCAGUAACAAGACAGAGAAAUCUAUCCCUGUUAAAGCUCAGACCCCUUCCUCUGUGCAGCUGGCGAAUCUGACGCCGGGAAUGAUGUACAAGCUGUGGGUGUUCCCCAUAUGGUCUAGCCCCAGCGAACACUCGUACAUAACCUUUACCACCAGCUCAGCUUAUACCAAGAAUCACGUGGACAUCGCGACGCAGGGCUGGUUCAUCGGGCUGAUGUGUGCCAUAGCUCUCCUGGUUCUCAUCCUCCUGAUAGUCUGCUUCAUUAAGAGGAGCCGAGGCGGGAAAUAUCCAGUACGAGACAAUAAAGACGAGCAUCUCAAUCCCGAAGACAAGAACGUAGAAGACGGCUCGUUCGACUACAGCGAUGAAGACAACAAACCCCUGCCAAACAGCCAGACCUCCCUGGACGGCACGAUAAAGCAGCAGGAGAGUGACGAUAGCUUGGUGGACUAUGGAGAGGGGGGAGAAGGGCAGUUUAAUGAGGACGGCUCCUUUAUCGGCCAGUACACGGUGAAGAAGGACAAAGAGGAGACCGAAGGCAACGAGAGCUCGGAAGCCACCUCCCCAGUCAAUGCUAUCUACUCCUUGGCAUAGCGCAGUGCACUGAGACCACAACCGGCCCGAGGUGUCUGUAGUGGAUGGGGGUUAAACAACAGCCCCCGCCGCCACUACCUCCAACAGAAACGUGCGAAUGAAAAACCAACCAACGAUGACACACACAAAAAAAAAAAAAAAAAAAAAAAAGAAAAAGCAACAAAAAAAAAAAAAAGAAGGGAAAAAAAAUCCAAGCAAACAGGCAGACCGGGUGGCUGCCAACGCCAUCUUCUCCUUAGCAAACAAGCGAACGGCAAGGACUCGCGGGGCGCGGAUGGGUUGUAGCUGUAGCUGAACUCUGGGCUGAGCCAGAGGGGCUGGAGCAGGAGCGGGAUGCUCGGGAUGCACCCCCAGCUCCGGGGCUGGCCCCGGCGCCCAGAGCCAGCCCGGGGGGACCACCGCGGGCUCAGCCGCCCAGGCUCCCCGAGGCCCUUUUUGUUCUUUUGGGAGGCAGGUCAAAAAUUCUUCUUUUUAAUCUUUACAGGAAGGUUCCAGAUAAGAGGGGGAGGGGAAAAAAAAAUAGAGAGUUUUGGGAAGCAAAGAGGGGUGAGCGAGGCCUGGGCAGAGUAGCAAGAGCAACGUAAGUGCAUGAAAGGAGGAAAGUGGUGGAUCUUUGGGUAAUGACACAACGGCACCGUAUUACCGAGAUGUCCAUCCUCACAGCAGCAUCCCGGCCAUAGCCUCUCCCAAACCAGGCAACCUCCUUCCCGGGAGAUCAAGCAGCACCUCUGCAGGGAAGAGCAGGUCCCACCACUUCCCUCAGCACCGUAACUCGCAUCAGUGCUGAGGCUCCAUGGUCCAUCCCCGCUGUGAAGCCCAUGGAGGGGGUCACCGGAGCAUCCUCAGAGGACAAGAGGUUGCAGAAGAGCUUGUGGGAUUUGUGGAAGGACAGUCAGGUACCGCUCGCCCUCCGAGCCCAGGACAACAGCAUCGCUUGCCUGGGUCACUGCAGGCAAACCAUUUUGGUUUAGUAUUUGCUUUGUAAGAAUCUGGGGGGAAACCACCCCCAGACCCCACACCUGCUUUCUUUUAAAGGCAACUCCAUAAAUCUUAUGUAGCAAAGAGGGAGUGGAAGCAGGACCAGUAUUAACGUAGGAUGAGGGGACCAGAAAUCACUUAUUUUUUACAAAAAAAAAAAAAAAAAAAAAAUCAGAGCGACCCAGUUGUGACGAGAAGCACCCGCUGGGAUCGGGGGGAGGAUCACCUGCACCACAGCUCGAACGGUCCAGGGACACGUGUCCCUCAGGGGACGCACAGCGGGAGGGCAGGACCCGAGGUCCACGUCUCCCCCAGGCACCGGAGAUGAGCCAGAUCGACAGUGUUUUCCACUAAACUCCCCUCCUCAUUUCUGACAGUGGCCUUUCCCCCCUCCAUCAAUCAGCCUGAGCGAGACCCUUCCGCACCGGGGACUCCCCUCCGCUCUCUUAUUUACAUAUCAAGACAACACGCGAUUUAAGUUAACCCGUUAACGCACUGUAACAACGCGUCUCGGAUAGGAGUGCUCCUUCACAUGCCUUACACAGCUUCGAACUUCCCAUGAAGUUUAAUAAACUGAUACGAUUCCCCCCCCACCGCUUCCGCGCCCCUAACGCGACGGUCUUCGAUCCGCCAGACUAGUAGGAGUAGGAUGCCUGGGCAGCUCUCCCAGCUGAGACAGCAUGGAUCAUCGUAGAAGGUAGAAUUUUUAUAAUAGACAGUCCUUAGUGGCCGACGCCAUGUGUAUUCUCCCACUUCCUGCACUUUUGAAACCAAAGGUACCUUCGCUGAGAGAGAUCGGAUUUCUUCGGACCGUUUCCCAGACGGCCAACGACGUUAGGAUGGAUUUUUCUUUCAUUUCUUUUUCUAAAGGAGGAUGACGUUGUUCAGCAUAAUGGAUUAAAUGCAAUAGGAUUAAUGCAAUUAUUCUUUGAGCUUUCAAGCUGGUUUGCUACGAAGACGUAUCGCUAACAAGAAUACUUCUACUAAUAUGGAUUGUUGAGAUGGACUUUGCCACACUCUUUAAGCUGCUAACGGCACAACUAUCCUGCGCUUCGGGGAAGAGCCCGGACCCGGUCAGCACCCGCGGGGCACCUACUGCUGGAUCACACGGAGAAAAGAGGAGAGCGCUGGAUGCAAAGCACACAGCACAGGAGUUCCGGGCACCAUAUGAGCCAAGGAGGGUGUAAGGCUGGUGCCACCAGGCAGAGGAGCCCCCUAGAGCUGGGGGCGCUCCUGCCACCCCAGGGCAGCGCAGGGAUGUCCCCGCUCCUGCCCACCUGCUGGGAUCCGCCAUCCAUGUCAUCUCGCAGGGUGGGAGCCACACGUCUUGCUCCGUUACCGUCGGUGUAAAUGCAUUCCUGCAACAAGCCUACUUCUACUGCUGCCGAUCCGGCUUAAGGAGAGCAUCUCCCAGCCCAUUCCCAGGACGCGCAGCAAUUGCAUUCGGUUUCUAAGCAAACACACCAGGCCAAACGUAGCGCAGCCCUCGGUGACGGGGAUAAGCGCUCCCCAAGCCUACGGCUGUCCUUACGAUGAGAGUUGGCGCGACUUCUUGCCCAAGCACUGGUGGAAACGAGGAGAGAAAGAAACUACAGCCUCCGCUGCCGGAGCCGGGCAUCAGCAUUCGCACCCAGCACACCGGAGCCUCGCCGCUUCGUGGACCAACCGCUAACGGGGGACCACAAGACCCUCAGCUCCCACCGACACCUCCAAACCUCAAGAAAGUUGGUCAGGCGUUACUGGAAGCAGGGCGGUCCGUGUCGUGUAUCUGUAUUACGUGCCAUUUGUAUUAAAGCCUGUAUUUCUGUCCUGUCGCGAACCACCAUUUUACUGCGCAAACCUCUUCGCAUCCGUUUGGAAACGGAGAAGCGUUUCCCCCUGUAGCUUUGCAGCAUGUGCCCCACAGCACGUGUUGGCAAGCGGGGAGGGAAGGAGCCAGACCCAGCCCAGCUAGCCCUGUCCUAGCCCCAAAAAGUCUCGCAAAAGCCAUUAGUCUCCUACCACCACCUUACUUUAACCAGAAGAGGAAGGAGAUGUCCGCAGAGGGCCCAGUGGACAAAACGGCUCGGUGUAAGCUACUGGGAGUCUUGUAUUGGCUUGGUGUAAAAACUGCUCAAAUAUUAUAAGGUAAAGUUAAAAUUUUAACAUUUAUUUGAAACUUCCCCUCGAGUUUUGGAGCCCAAAGAAAAUUGUCGCUAAGUUCAAAACUCAACACGAGCUUAACGUUUUCUACUCCCUUUAGCAAGGGCUCAGUAGGUGUUUGCAGGUGCGGUUACUGCAUGGCGGGGAGCAGAGCCCUCGCUGGCUCCCACCGCCAAAACCACCGCAGCUCUGACGGGGCGACCCCACACCACCCCAAAACCGCAUUCGCCCCCCAGAACCAGCCAGGGCCAGGCUGCACCCGCCCCGCGGCCACGCUUCUGCUGAGCGAGUGUCCUCUGAGCUCUGGGAGAUGGACGGAGACCCCGCACGCGGACCGGUGGUGCCGAGGGGUCUUGCCCGCCCGUCUCUGCCUGUUUGGGUGCGUGCCAUGCUGGUGGCCUGUCCCCAGUGUCCCCCACAGGAGCUGCUUUGCUUCUCCAUCCCUAGCUGUCCCUGUCCGGAGGGGACAGGACAGUCACCUCGGCUCCCACUACCUACAGCGUAACCCCCAGGGCCGGCAGAGAUGCUCGGGGGAGCCCCGUAUCCGCCACCCUCUGCUCGAAGGGCAGGACCCCUCCGAAGGGGUCGGUCUCCAUCACAGGGGCGACCGUCCCUCUCUGGGACCCGCACAGCCUCUCUGGAGCAGGGCAAACUUCCACCUUUUCCUUUGCAGAAGAUACGUCUUCCUAAAGGGUUUAAAUUAAGGGCCAACGCUUAAUAAAUAAAUAAAUAAACAGAAGAGCCAGCCCCAAAAUCAAGUGCUCUCAGAAGCCGGGGGGAAAAGCAGUUUGGAUCCAACUCCCAACUUGCAAAUUUGAGCCUGUUUCUAAAACGCGCUGAGCCAAAACCUCGUCCAUGUUCUGGAGGCGGAUCCAGACUCUGCCGGCUGCAUCGGAGCCCAGGGAGACAGCCCGUCCCUCCCGGACGCCUUCUGCUCUUUGGAGCCCCGCACGUGUACGGCAGCGGAUACAAACCACAGAGGCGCAAGCGUGGGGUCCGAGAGGACAGUUGCCACAGUUACGUGAUCUCGAGGGGGCUGCUGUUCUCCCCGAAGUGAUGUUGCAGUAAAGACAGAAAAGCAGCGGGGAAAAAUCAAGUUUUGUUACGGGCCUGGAAAUCCUGCUCACGGAAACACCAUCGGUCUGUCCUGUCCUGACGUCCCCUCAACACGCCCCCUGCCAGCAUUGCCUUCUCGCAGACGCCAGCCCCCGAGCCCGCGUGCUGCGGUCUCUUCGGACCCCAAGCGAUCGACCAGCCGAUGAGGAGCCGCGGGUCGUGCCGCCGGGGGAGCGGGACGGGUGCGAGGGCAGAGCCGCGCAGCAUCGCCCGCCGCCGGAGCCCAGCCCCUCGCCGUGCCUUAGCUGGCAUGCAGCCCUCGCCCCGGCCCUGCCGCCACGUCCCCGCGCCUCUCCUCGCUGUCACCGAGUCCCAGCGGAGCCGCGAGUUCAACCUGCAACUUAACGUCCGUCGUACCAGGCUUCAUUGUGUACUAGCAGCAAACGGUUUCAGUUAAGCAAUAAAGAGAAACAAACCUUGUUAAAAAACAACAAAAAAAAAAAAAAAAAAAAAAGAGAGAGAGAGAGAGACCACGUUCUAUUUCUUGCACUAAGACCUGUUUUAUUAACGGGAAUUAACGAUGCUUUUCUGGUCCUAACAAAGCCCCCACCGCAUCCGUAGCUCCCCUUGCCCAGCAGCGCCUGUCUCUCCACGUCCUUCGCAAGUGGGCAUCGGGCUUUGGUUGUCAAACGCCGUCUAAACCCCGUGUCAAACCCGCGGAGCAGGCUCCUUCCUCUGCAGUACGGAGUUCUACGUGUUCGUUCCUCCUGCUCACGUCAGAAAGAAAAGUAUUGGACUCUUCUGUUUUUCUUUAAUUUGUAAAUAUAUUGCCAGCCAUCCAUCCUCUCUGUAAAACCUCCUGGUUGUUCUAAAGUAUUCUAUGUAUUUAUUUGCCUUUUUUUUUCUUUUUUUUUAAAAAAAAAAGCAAAAAAACCAACACCUUUGCGUUAACCCACUUGUUCCAAUGAGAAAUGUAUAGCUGAAGCUGUAAAAGCAACAGUUUACAGCGAGAAGAUUUACAGACUAGAGAAAAAAAAAAAUGUUUAAUAUAAGGACUUAUAAACCGACUGCAUGAGAGAUGAAAGAAGGCCAAAAUACUCAGAUAUCAUUUUUUUUGAAUCACUGUAAAAAAAGAAAAGACUGGAUUUUUUUGUAUAGAGAACACUA